GUACAACCACUUCCGGUUGAGAAAUUCCUUCCAUGUUUUUGUUUCUCCUGCCUGCAGUUUGGUUUCAGUUUAAUUCACUUUCUGUUUUUAUUUAACCUCCCCGAUUCCCUGCCGUCAUCAUGUCCCGGGGGUCCAGUGCGGGGUUCGACCGGCACAUCACCAUCUUCUCCCCGGAGGGAAGACUUUACCAAGUCGAGUAUGCCUUUAAAGCGAUCAACCAGGGAGGAAUGACCUCUGUUGGCAUCAGAGGGAAGGACUGUGCCGUCGUCGUCACUCAGAAGAAAGUUCCUGACAAGCUGUUGGAUGCUGCCACCGUCACACAUCUGUUCAGGAUCACAGAGAACAUAGGCUGCGUCAUGACCGGCAUGACUGCUGACAGCAGGUCUCAGGUGCAGAGAGCACGCUACGAAGCUGCUAACUGGAACUACAAGUACGGAUACGAGAUCCCUGUGGACAUGCUGUGCAAACGCAUGGCCGAUAUCUCCCAAGUCUACACCCAAAAUGCUGAAAUGAGGCCACUUGGCUGCUGCAUGGUUGUGGUGGGCAUGGAUGAGGAGUUGGGCCCACAGCUUUAUAAAUGUGAUCCAGCGGGCUACUACUGUGGCUUUAAGGCCACUGCAGCUGGAGUCAAACAGACCGAAGCCACCAGCUUCCUGGAGAAGAAAGUCAAAAAGAAACUGGACUGGACCUUUGAGCAGACAAUAGAGACGGCGAUUUCUUGUCUGUCCACCGUUCUGUCCAUCGACUUCAAGCCCUCGGAGCUGGAGGUGGGAGUCAUUACAACUCAGGAGCCUAAAUUCAAGAUUCUGUCGGAGUCGGAGAUCGACGUUCACCUGGUCGCUUUGUCCGAGAGAGAGUGAGGAAGAGCGGGGAAAACCGGAAAUCUCAAAUAGAAGGAAAAAAAAAGAGGAGCUUCUUUAGUCUCGCUGCAGGGCGAUUUUAAAACACAGGGAGAUCAAAUCUGGACAUUUUGCUGCAGGUUGGGUUGAUUUUUUUCCACCAGCUGCACUGCCUUUUUUACCAACCUCCGUUCUUCCAGGUCAUUUUCUAAAAUGCACCUUCCACUUAUUGACCCCCGUCUGCAUUUUCACUUUUUAAAUCCCGACUGCAGCUGCCUUUUUUAAAAAAAAAUUCAGGACUUUCAGGGUGGUGCUCGUAAUGACAUAGAAGUAGACCAGACUCAGCACGGUUUCAUUGUUGGACACGAUUACAUUUAGUAACACUACAGCUGCAGAACAGCACCUCUCAGUUCUGGUGGUUUAAGUUUUACUCAGGAUCUUCGUCGCUUGCGACCUCUGGAGGUUCUUCUUCACCCUCCGGGAGCAGCCGUGGGAGUUUUUCUGUCACCAAAACCGUCCUCUCGUCCCCCGUCAAACUCCGCUCAGGACAACAAGGACUAACUCAUCAUUCAGUUCUCUCCUCUCAGCUGCAAUCUGUGUUGUAUGCUGCUGCACUUCUAUUAAAUGCAGUGUUUUUAUUUAA